AGCCACCUUUGGCUCGAGCCGCUCGGGCCACGGGGGCCGAGGCCUCGUCCCCGCCCCCGAUCGCCUCCGCUCGCCCUUCGCGGCCCGCGGUCCCCCUGGCAGGGCCGGAUGGCUUCGGAGCUCCGGCCGCUGGAGGGGCUGCUGGUGGAGGUGCGCGGCGGCGAGGCGCCGUACGAGCCCGAGCCCGGCGCCCACAGCUUCGGCGGGGAGCCCCUGGACGUGAGCGGGGAGAGGGGCCGCGUGGUCGGCUGGGACCCGGGCCUCGGCAAGUACGUCGUGGAGACGUUCAGCGGUCAUCUGCUCUACCUGCCCGAGGGCAGCCUGGUCGAGUACGAGCCGGGCGAGCCAGAGGAUGGGGGAUUCGACGUGACGUGGCCCACUGGUCCGACGUCCUUCGGCAUUUUCUCUUCCAUGGUUGCAGAGAGCCUGAAGACAAAAGGCUUCUGUGUGGUUCAGACGAUGCUGGGGGACCUGGGAGCGCAGAGCGCAGUGGAUGCAGCCAAAAUGCUGCGCUAUGGGACUCUCGGUGACGACAUCGAGGAACAGUACCUCGGGCUGGAGGCCGACAGCAAGGUUUGCUGGCUCCAGUACGAACCACGAGACGAGUUCGGUGCGGAGGCCGUAGGCAUGAGGAUAUACGACGUCGAAGAAUUUGGGCCCGACAUGACGCUCGAUGGCCUGGACGGCUUAGAUUUCUGCGACAAGGCACUAACGGUCCUGGCCGCGGCGAUGUGGCCGCUGACCCCAGAAUUCGAGGACGACAAGGCCUUCGUCGCCUGGGGUCGUACGAAUCCACUGGUCCGUGUCGGCAUCGAGCCCGGAGAGGCCCACCGCAUGAGGGCUGUACCCAUCGACGUAGACCCCGGCGAUGGAGAGGACUCCCACACCGCGUUCGUGGCCUCCAGGAAGUUGUGCCUCCUGUAUGUGGUGGACGGCGGCGGCGGCGAGCUGCAGCUGACCCCAAAGGGCGAGGCCUACGACUUCGACGAGGCGACCAUCCCGCUGGCGAAGAACAGGCUGGUCGUCUUCAGGUGCGACGAUCAAGGCAUGGACUUCCGCUACAGGCCGGAGGGCGACAGCCUGGCGCUGCAGACUUGGGUGCUGGACACGCCGAGGGAGAUUCGGGAGAAAGAGCAGCAGCUUCGAGUCAUCGACGGCCCUGCGGAGCCCCUCGGUGCGAGGAGCAACGUCAUGGCGGUGACGACGCGGUAUCCUGGGUGCGGGUACGAUCCGCAGGCUUACUGGAACAUGUUCUUCUCGGGGACGGACACACAGGUAGAAAUUCCAAUCUGCAGAUGGGACAUCGACGUGUACUACCGCGAAGAUCAAUCCUUCGGCUUCUCCAUACAGCGCCACGGUGGGCUCAUGCAGCAGGCAGAGCUCGAGUGCUUCGACAACGCGUUCUUCGGCAUUCCCGACGAGGACACGAAUGCGAUAGCGCCGUACCAGCGCUGCCUCCUGGAAGUAGGCUACGAAUGCCUGGCUCGCGCCGAGCACAUGAGGGACCAGUUGAGAGGCUUCAAGUGCGGCGUUUUCGUCGGCGAUUCUGGAUCCGACUGGGACCAGGUCAGGCAGUCGAGGCGACUGGACCUUGUGUGGCCAGGGCGGAAUCGCUCAAUAGGAGCUUUGUCCUCCCCCCUCCGUUGCCCUCGUCCUGCUCCUCAUCCUCUUCCUCGUCGUUCUCCUCCUCCUCCUGCUCCUCUUCCUCCCCCUUGUCCCUUUCCUGCUGCUGCUGCUGCUUCUCCUCUUAUGCUCACCAGGAGCAUGUCGGCUCUCCCACGUCAUGGGCAUGACAGGGCCUUGCAGCAGUGCAGACACUGCCUGCUCUUCCUCUCUUGUGGCGUUGGGGGUGUGCCAGCAGACCAUGCGACCCCCGCGUGAUGAUCAGAAGUCGCUGAGCAUCGACAGCGAGAUCAAGCAUGGUCUCGUGAUGGGAAGCCAAACCAUAGUCGGUGCCGGCACAUACUAAAGGCUGAACUCCAUUACCCGCACAACCCUUCUACAUGUAGCCCUUCCCUC